AUCCCGUCGGUCUCCGGGAUCCGGGAGCGUCGGGCUCCACCCUCCCGGGUCCUGUACUCACACCUGGUGUUUGGGCGUGCCUCAGUUUCCCAGUAGCAGGGCGUUCCGCCAGCCCCGCUCCUCCCCCUUUUCCUCUUCCUCUUCGGGGCGUCGGUGGCCGCCCCUGGAGCUCCCGGAACUAAAAGCAGACCUCGGGCGGUGGGCCGGCGGACCGGCGGGGGCCACGUCAGCGGGUGGCGGGGCUGUGCGGGCAGCAUGCGGCGGGGCGCGCUCCUGGCCGGUGCCCUGGCUGUCUACGCCGGGUACCUGGCGCUAGGCGCGCUGCUGGUGGCUCAGCUGGAGCGGCCGCACGAAGCCCGGCUGCGGGCCGAGCUGGGGACGCUGCGGGAGCAGCUGCUGCGGCACAGCCCGUGCGUGGCGGCGGCCGCCCUGGACUCCUUCGUGGAGCGGGUGCUGGCGGCGGGACGGCUGGGACGCGCCGUGCUGGCCAACGCCUCGGGAGCAGCCAACGCUUCGGACCCCGCCUGGGACUUCGCCUCGGCGCUCUUCUUCGCCAGCACUCUGGUCACCACCGUGGGCUAUGGCUACACGACCCCGCUGACAGAUGCAGGCAAAGCCUUCUCCAUCGCCUUUGCGCUCCUGGGCGUGCCCAUCACCAUGCUCCUCCUGACAGCGUCGGCCCAGCGCCUGUCACUGCUGCUCACCCAUGCACCCCUGUCCUGGCUGAGCUGGCGUUGGGGGUGGCACCCCCGGCGGGCAGCCCGCUGGCACCUGGUGGCCCUGCUGGUGGUCAUAGUGGCUGUCUUCUUCCUGGUGCCAGCUGCGGUCUUCGCCUACCUCGAGGAGGCCUGGAGCUUUCUGGAUGCUUUCUACUUCUGCUUCAUCUCUCUGUCCACCAUCGGCCUGGGGGAUUAUGUGCCUGGGGAGGCCCCCGGCCAGCCUUACCGGGCCCUCUACAAGGUGCUUGUUACAGCAUACCUCUUCCUGGGCCUGGUUGCCAUGGUGCUGGUGUUGCAGACUUUCCACCAUGUGUCUGACCUCCAUGGCCUCACUGAACUCAUCUUGCUGCCCAAUCCGGACCCUGCCAACCUCAGCCGGGAUGAGGACGACCAGGUGGACAUUCUGGACACCCAGACAGAUCUGCACCAGCACCUCUCGGCUGGCUCCCACGCUAACUACGCCUCCAUCCCCAGGUAGCUGGGAAGGUGCUCAGCCUGGACACACCUGGCCUGGGCUUUGGCCCCACGUGACUAGAGUGGGCCAACAGGAAUGCCCAUACAUGCUCCUGUCUUUCCCAGCACUCCACUGGGAGGUGAGGUGCUCCGCGCCCGUGUCCUCGGCUCCUCAGGGAGCUACCACAGUCACUUUCUCCCCCUUCCUUUCCUCUCAUUUCUUCUCAUAGUCUGGGCACUUGGCCUUUCUGACGUCAUUGGUGGGUGGUGGUUUAAUGCGUUUUGUGGUUGCUGUUUUCUCAUUCUCUUACCGAGUAUCAGUCACCUCAGUUGCUGGUUCUUCUGGGCUCUGGGCCUGGACUUCACUCCAGUCACUGUCUUAGGGGCUCUGUCUUGGCCAAACGAUUUCCGCAUUCUGAACCUUGAUAGCCUCAGCUGUCUGAAGCGAAGACUAUUUGAACUCAUCCACAGACCCUCGCUUCUGUCCUGCUCUUCUGUGCCAGGCACAUAGUAUUAGAAGCGGCUUGGGCCCUGUUCUUACGGGGCUCACUGGCCAGCGAGGUUGACUCACCUACUUGUCCCUGGACAGUGACAAGCCUCAGUAGGCACUGGAAGAGGCAGAGAAGUUAGGACUGAGGAACAGCCCUGACGUGUGCAGGGUGGGCUUCCUGGAAGAAGGGACAAGAACGAACCCAAGACCUGCCAGUCAAGAGAAAAGAUUGUCCCUUCUUCUCAGGUGUCAUAGUACCUGUAGGAAGAGCCCUGGGAUGGGCCAGCAUCUCCCUCAAUGGCUUAGCAGGCAAGGAACUAAUCUAGGAUAUGAGCCCAGAUCCAAGUAGCAUGAGAGGUGCCGCUUAGCAUAGAUGCUGUGUUGUCUGUUUACUGGGCACUAACUGAUGGCCCCGGGCUCUGGAGCCAAUCUUCCUGGGGGUACCCUGUGACCAGGCCAUGUCCUGCCCAUGCUUUUGAACAGUCACUCUACCUCUGGGACCCCGUGUCUGCUAAAUGGUGACCAUAAUAAUACUUCUCCAAAAGAUGACAUCAGCCAGGUGCAGUAUUACUUGCCUAUAAUCUGAGCUGAGGCAGGAGGCUUAAGAGUUCCAUCCCAGAGGGGCUCAGGAGGAGGGAAGAGGGGGAUCUUUGAUUGGUGUGUAAAAUGAAUGAAAAAAAUUUUUCUUAAAAAAAAAAAAAAGAGUUCCAGCCCAGGCUGGGAUGCACAGCA